AUGAACGUUUCAAACGUUGAGACUGUGAAUGGAGAGAACGUCAAGUUGGCUGAAGACGCUUUUGGCGUAUUAAUGGCUUCUCAGGAAUACAAUCAACUCAAGAACUGUUUCUUGUGCAUUGAAGAUAAAGUACUGAGAGCUGUAUUCUUGAUUGAGGUGGAGACGCAGACACAGAGAGAUGAAUGGGUGCAGUUUUUAGGAGAUGUCGUGUCAAAAGAGAAGAACAAGGUAGAACAAGUGGGUGACGCUCAAGAGGCUGGAGAAGACGCGACAGAGGACGUUGAAUUGAUCCAUCUCGCAGCGCCCCGAUCGACGGUUUCGGUCCGAUCGCUCUUGCAUCAAGGCAAGUCGGAGAAUUUGAUGGAAGAAGAAGAUCCGUUUGGUUUACUGUCACUCGUAACGUCGGCACUGGGUUCAUCAAGAACGAUGACAAGCAAUGCUGCACCAGGGAUGUUUGCGAUGGAUCACUUUGGGCUCAUAGAAGGAACUGGACAGGAGGAAGACACAGACGACAGUGACGCUUGUGUCGCUAAUACGGAGUUUGACUGUGCCGCAGACACUACAGUGGUUCCACCGUCGUUGCUUGCAUUAGGACAACAACAGAGCGUACAACCUAUACCAUCCCGUAAGUGCGCAUGCAGCAACGGUAUUUACUCUCUUAGCUCAAGUAUGAUCCGAGAGUCUGCUAAUGAUAAAAAAGGUCGGCGGCAUAGUAUGAGUGCUAUAUUCGGUUCGUCUUCCAGCUCAGCGGGUGGCUGUUUGCGCUGUAACAAAAGAUUUGGGCGCGUUAUUCAUACUGCAAAGAUUUGUGCGUCCUGUUUGCACCGCUUCUGUCGCGAUCACUGCAACCAAUGGACAGCCCUCACAGCUACUGACUUGAUCACACUGCCAACUGAAGACGUGAUAGGAUCUCAAGUAGUCGCGAAAGCUGCGUCUGAAUCAAAACGUGUAUGCUUGGAUUGUUUUGUACGACAGCAGUUGCUAACUACACUGCAAGAAGCUGGAGCGUAUUAUGCAUCUGUUGUUGACGAAGCCGGUGGAUUGUCGCGCUUAGUGCGUUGGAAAUAUUUUGAUCAAUGCCCAAAGCUUGAGAUCGAAGCUCACAUUCGUGCUCGCAGCCUUGGUCCUUUGAGUCUUCUUUCGGCAAUGUUUAAGUAUCGACAGCAACCGUUCAUGUUCGUCGUAGUGCUAGCGCAGCUUGUGUAUCACGUUGAGAUCUGCUUAGACACGAUGGACUUUUACUGGCCACAGUUUUUGCAGUGGGGCUAUAUUAAUCUUCAGGAUGCUUCACCUAGUGUCCGUGUCUUCUAUCUCUUUUUCCUGGCUGCAACUGUUCGCCGUAGCGUGCAUCUUGCAGUAAAGGCAACAUGGGAAUGCAUUGCUGCUCACUGGGAUGCAAUGGCAGGUGGGCGUUAUAAGCGCGGAAAUGGAAUCGUAAUAAUGUUAUUCUUCGUGACAAACGUCAACUUCGGAGAAACUCGAAGCGUACUACCACCGCUGUUGUUCCCGCAAGCACCAGCACAUCAGCACGAAUCGUUUAGCAAGUUGCUGGAACAACUGUACGAAUACGUACGUCGUGUCUACGCUAUCUCUCAGCGCGAGUCACCUUUCUUUGAGUGGCUUCUCGCCCGCAGCAAGGAAGAAGUCGUGGCUAGCUCUCGUAAUGUUCGAAAGCAGCUUUGUGCUUGUGAUGGCGUUCUGGACCCAUUUCCAACUGAUUACUAUGAAGAAACGCAACUUCUGAUACUGGAACGUCGCCGAUCGGGAACACAACAUCUUGUGGAAACCAAGCAGCGGAUGUGGAGCAAACCAAUUCAACACAUUUUUAGCGACGAAGUGCGACUUGUGCGAUUCCUCGUGGAUUUGUGCACAUACUUGAAAGAAAACAUAUCUGAGCCUUCGCAGCGAAAGCAGGAGCUCCCAGCGCUGCUCCAGGAGAUGCUGCGCGGGAAGCAUAUUCGGCCCGAGGCUGCAUUGCCGCUAGCAGGGGCCGUGGCUCGUUCACACCGCGUCGUCAACGUACUUACAAACGAAGGUACGGUUUUUUCUACGAAGGCUCGUGCGCCAACUUUGGUGUUCUUUGAAAUCGUUUCUUCAUCAGUAGGGUGCGAUGAUGAGUCUUGCGAACGAGAAGGCUGGGAUCACGAUACGAAGCUUGACGCUUUGGUGGAUGCUGCCGUGGAUAUGGACAACAAGAUGACGGGCGUGUUGGAACUACACCAACAGGAGGUUACUAAUUACCUCGAUGGAAAGUUUGUCGGAACAUACACGGCAGACUUGAUUCCUGUUAGUCAAACUGCACCCCAAUCCUCGUCACGGUCUUCAAUCUCGGAAGACCUCGACGACCUUAAUCAUAUACUUCCGACGGGCUGCACUCCAUUAAGUGAAAAGGCAGGCAAUGAGAGGCUCCAUGGCUGCGAAAGUGAAGAAGUUGCUGAUACGGAGGUAACGGGUGACGAUGUUGCAAAUACGAGUGAGAGCAUACACUCGGAAAAUUCAUCAGACGCUUAUAAUUGCCCGUUUUUUGGAGAACGCUUUGCUGAUACACAAAGGCGUAUUCGAGAGGGUAGUGCUUUUUCACACUACGAUGGUUGGGCGUUGGUUCCAAUAAUUGCAAAGAGCUUCGAUGAUAUGCGUCAGGAAGUUUUUGUAUUACAAGGGCUCAAGUUGUUCCAGCUUAUUUUCCGCAAGCACAAUCUCGAUCUCUCGAUGCGCUACUAUAGCAUCGUGUGUGCAGGUAAAGACUGUGGACUGCUUGAAGUGAUCACGGAUGCACAGUCUUUGGAUAGUUUAAAGAAGAAGGGUGCGAAAAUUGAUGGCAUUGGCACCUCACUACCCAAAAUUUUUGAGCAGGCGUGUGGGCGACACCCUAUUACUGGUCAGCGUGAUUCGGUUCGCCUAGAAGGUGCUCGUGCUAACUUCAUCACGAGCAUGGCUGCCUACAGUCUUUUUUGCUAUAUAUUUCUGGUAAAGGAUCGUCACAACGGCAACAUCAUGCUGACUACUGAAGGUCACGUCGUGCACAUUGAUUUUGGCUUUGUUCUUGGCAUUGCGCCCGGCAAUACCUUCAGUCUUGAGACGGCUCCGUUCAAGCUUACGCCUGAGAUGGUUGAGAUUAUGGGCGUGGAGGGUUUUGAUCGCUACCGGCAGCUCGUGGCUAAAGGAUUGCUUGCUCUGCAUCUGGAAGCUUCCCAGUUGUUGUCUCUCGUAUACUUGUCGUCCAAAGACUCGUGCUUCCCGUGCUUUAAAGGUCAAUCUCGAGCUCGAAUUGUUCGACAACUGAGUCAUCGUUUGUGUAUUGGCGGCAGCGUACACGACGUCGAACGCUCUGCUGCUCGCAUGGUGGACAAGAGCAAUGGACAUCUUGGCACUAGACAAUACGACUGGUUCCAGAAAAUUUCAAACGGUAUUCUGCCGUAG